AUGGCCAGCUUGCUCUGGCAAGCGCACGCAAGAAAAGCUCAGCACAUCAAAGAAAGUACCAGCUUCGUCUAUCAUGCGCGGGCUGUUGCUUGCACUUUCUGUGGACGCCGGUACUUCCCUGCAUCCAUACGGCUCCAUGAGGAGCGCUGCACUGCGCGCUGGAGCCAGAGCAGGUUGCUGAAAGAUGUGCCGGAGAGCAGCACGCGAAUGGGGGAGAGCCCCGGACUUCGGUCCGUCAGUGUUCGGACGGAGAGGACCGAAACCUCGAACGCGCGUCCAGCCCGACUUGUCUGCGAUUUCGGCGACUCGGUGUCUUCAAACAGCAGCGACGAAGUACGGGAGGUCGAAGCUGAGAAGCCGGACGAGCUUGGGGAGUCCGGCGGCGUAACAUCUCUGACCCCCUCAGACGAGUCCACAGCCACACCCCCUCCACCAGGUGGUCACAGCAGCUGCUCUGAAACUCUGGCAUCGGAGGAUCACUCAGCACAACAUAUUCCUUGGCCUCAGAAGCUGAUUGGAAAGGCGAUCGAGCGGGCACCGAGUCCGACCGAUGUCAGGGUGAGCACAGUGCCACAAUGGCGAAGCACCUCGCAGCCUUGCCGUGGACGAGACGUGAGACGGCCAGUAGCACGUCCCGAGCCCAAGCGUGCAACUGCAAGGCCAGCCGAUCGCAGGGCAGAGGUCUGGGAACCUUUGCGCAAGGUGACAUCCAUCAAGGAUGCUGCCACACAGACGUCCAGAAGAAAGCCGCGCUGUACCACAUCGCGGACGUUGCAGGCGCAGAGCCAGAGGCAAGCUGUGGCCGCUACAAAGACGGUCCGGAAAUCUGAUAUAGGUCCAGGUCUAUCCAGAAGUGCUCGGUGCAAGACACCUCGCAGCCGUGCCCGGGCGAGCAGUGCAAAACAGGGUCCAAAGCCAAGGCCCUCGACGCGGCCGAUGAAGAAUCGAUCCUACUCAGCCCCCACGGUUUCGACGACCCAGAGAUCCGUGGCCGCUCAAAAUCAGAGACGUUCCCACUCGGCUGGCCCUUGCCACCACCGCCGGUGUGUCGCCUGCCUCAUGGCGGAGAUACGCUCCAUGUCCUGGCCUUCCUGCUUGUGCGCACGAAAGCCAAGGCUUUACAAAGCAUCCAAGAGCCGCAGCCAGUCGCAUGAGAAGAAGCCAAAGAAGCCAUGCAAGGCGGAGCAGACUCAAAGGGCAUUGGAGCAGGAACCUUCUGGGAAGUCUCAGGAGGCUACCCAGCCCGAGACCCGGGUGCCACGCCUAGAUGGAGCCGUGCAAACUGACAGCUCUGUUUUCCAAGCAGAACUACAUCCUGCAGAAAAUUCAGAAUUCGUUGGGCAUGUUGUACAGCAGAUGCCAGAGGUUGAAGGUGUUGCAUGUGACGAAGCUUUAGACCGAAGAUUGCCCUGUAUCCCGCCAUCGUGGAUGUGCAUCCAGGAAGUCACAUGCACGAGGAAAUUCGUCGGCGGAAUCCUCCGAAAGCCGACGACAGCUGAAAGCAACUCCAACCUUCGAGCGGCAGGGCUGGCAGCGCUGGCGCAGGUUCCUCGACCGGUUGUGGAGGUGAAGGUGCGCAAGAAAGAGCAGCGGAAAAGCCGAAAGAGUCUGUCGGGGCAGAGGCUGCGGUCUCGUGCUUGCUCAGAGCCAUUUCCCAGCAAGACUCUGCCGGGCUGGCCUGCCGCUUCUUUGCAGAGCAUGGCGCAGGUGGCCCGAGAUGCAGACUCCUUCUAUGUACAGGAUUGCCGACAGGUGCAGAACAACACUCAUUCGAUCCAGACCCUGACUGGGCAGAUUUCUCGGCUAGUAGGGACCAUGGAAGCAGAGAAAGACUUCCAACACUGCCGAAAGAUGGUGGAUGAUGCAGUGCGCCAGGCUUCAGAGACCAAAGCGAUCCUAGCCCGCAUCCGGGAGCACCAGCACCAGGCGCAGAACACUGCCGAGCGCAACAACCGCCGGAUGAUGUACCAGAAGCUUUCGGACAAUUUGGCCAUCACCGCGCGUGUGCUGGAGGACGUCGUCCGGCGCUUCACGGCCGAGGAGCGCCGGCGCGUCGGGAACAGCGGAGUCUUCGAGGCCCCGGGCAUCGCCGCUGCGGAUGUCGCCGGAGGCAACGACCAGAAGCCUCUUCUCUCCACCGGCGGAGAUCAGAUGGACACUGCCUUGCAGACGGACAAAGUUCAGACUCUGCGAAAAGUGGACGAGGAUAUGCUUUGCUUGCAACGCAUCUACACGGAUCUGGCGACAGCCGCCGAAGAACAAGCCUCCAGCUUCGAUACUCUGGAGAGUCACAUGGCCCGAGCCUCCGCCGACAUUGAGCGCGGAAGGGAGGAGAUCGAGUACACAGAGAGAUACAAUUUCAGCGCGCGGCUGAAGCGCAGGAUUUGGAUCGGUGCUGCGGGCGUCGGUUCAUUGAUCCUGGUGACAUCAUUGCUCAGGCUUGCUGUCUACGAGGAUUUCACCCAGUUCUUGAGUGCAGGUUCUUCGACCCAUGCGAAGAAGGCGCAGAAUGUCUGGAACGGCUGGCUCGAUGAACGUGAUCUUGCUCCCGGCGAGGUCAUUUCCAACUGGCUGAAGCGGCAGACGCAGCGCGGCCUGACACUGGCCACAGAGUACGCAAAAGCUGGAUACGAAAAGGCAGUGGAGCGAGCAGACGUGGCAUUUGCUGGCCGCAGCCUCCUGGACAGCGGAACGCCAGCGCAGGAGGCCAUUGCCCUGAAACAGCAAUGCGACCGCGCGGUGGCUGCAGACACGGCGCUGCAACAGACGCUUGCAGACCUGUCGGCACAAUACCGGGAAGAGGCCAGAUUCUCGAGAAGCCCGGAGAAUGGACAGGCCAUUGGUGCCUGGGCAGCGCGCUACGGCGAGGCUGCCCAGAUGCUUGGGAAGCCUCCGGCGGAGCCGCAGCGAUCUCCGGUGGAGCAAGAUGCCAUGACCCUCCAGCAGCUGAGGUUCGAGCUCCACGACCUCAAAGCCAAUGGCGUUCUAGAGGAGGACGAGCUCAUCAAGAUGAACGAGAAGGUGUCGUUGCUCCACUAUGGCAAGGCAGAGACCAACAAAGAAGCCAUUCGGGAGAAGUACAAAGGCGUCUUCAGAGAGCACCUGGAUCCACACGGGAAGCCCGUGCCGUUCAGCGUCUUUCGCGAAUACAUGCAGGGGGUGCUGAAUGACAUCGACACAGACCCAGAAGGCCAGGUGAUGAUGGUGGAGCAAUUCAUUGCCGAGGCUGAGAGUGCUCGGCAAGCCUUCCGGUAUCCCUCCCUCAUCAGCGAGUCGGAUCAGUUCUUCUUUCCGGCAGCUCCAGCCCAAGCCCCGGCGGCUCCAGCUGCACAGCAGCCGUCUCCGAGGCCGACCAUGGCGGACCGCGUGGCCAUGGAUGAGGCUACGAGGCAGACGCCAGCCAAGCCAGGCGCAAGCGACCAUCCAACGGGCUAUCAACCAGAUUCCACGCCGACGACCAGUGCUGGCACCUCCUCGCGGCACGCAGAGGGGAGCCAGCGGCCAGGGGAUGCGAACUCUGCUGUCUCCCGCUUGAACUCCGAGGAAGCCGCGCAGGCAUCAAGCAGCUCGAGCAAAUCGGCUGCCGUCGCAGUUCCCUUCCAAAAGGGUGAACGGCUCCAGGUCUGGAGCAACUCGAAGAAAAGCUGGCGGGAUGGACAGGUGCUGGAGGCUUUUCCCACGGCGUGCCAAGCCGAGGGCUUCGCGGUUCCAGCUGGCACCGUUAAGGUGUCAUUCGAUGCCGGGACCAUUAAGUGGGUCAUGCCUGGCCAAGCUGCCGAACUGCUUAGACCGCAUCCGGAGAGCUAG